GGCAUCGAAGAUACAUCCAGUGUCGCGAACUGGUUGUGGCUACAGUCUAAAACCAGCCCGAAGGAUGUUUGGAACGCGUUACACCUGGGUGAGACCGCGGCGACCAGGCUUGACGACAAUCCGAAGUUCUGGCAAUGGCUCGAGUAUGUGAACAUGUUCAGAGCGAAGAAAGGAAACCACUGGUUCUCGGACGGCGAUGUAUUCGAGAUCUUGGCGAAGACGACGCCACAGGCAGACCUGGCGGUCAUUUUCCAAGCGCUUCGAGCGGUGCCGGGUAUGAAGAAUGCCGCUACGAUUUUGCAACAAUACCUGUUCGCGAGCGCGUCAUCCGCCACUCGCAGAUGGAUGAACGAGGUGUGGUUGCAGGCAGGUGAAAGUCCCCAAAAUGUUUACACGAUCCUCCGUCUGAGUGAAACUCCCCUGGAAGCCAACCGAAAGUUCGUUCAGUGGUUUAGAUUCACCGACAAAUAUCGAGCUAAGGUGGGAGAAAGUUCUUACUCAGACCGGCAAACACUGGAAAUCUUGAUGGAAACAAGACCGUGGACUGCGGAAGAAGACCUAGCAGCGUUUUUCCUGUCGAUUAAGAAGAUCUCCGGUCUGAAGAAGGUUGGCGGCAGCUUGGAGACGCAUCUCUUCCGGAUCUGGAUGGAAACAUGGGAGCCGAAGAACGUCGCGACGGUUUUGGGAAUCAGAAACAGUGUUUCGAAGGUGUCCAAACGCGACCCCAGGUAUGAAAUUCUGAAAACGUUCACACUGCAGUAUGCAGCAGAAAAGAGCGGGACGGCGACGAUGGAGAAAGUUAAAGAGCUCUUUGCCAACAACAAUCCUACAGCUGCAUUAGAAGCAGCUGUAAAGGUUUCGUAA